UGUGAAUUAAACGACCCGGCCAUUUAUAAAUCUCACCAGUUCAUAUUCAAAGGCUAUUGCAUUUCGUGCACAUGCCUCCCCACGCCUUGUUCAACGCCAACUGACUCCGCAAAACCACGCAUAACUACAAAACAAAACGCAAUUACCAUUACCGUGAGCGUGAUCGCGAUCCCAACCCGUGAGAUCUCCGGUGUCACCAGGCCAACCGGUGGAUCCGCAUUCAAGCGAAAUCCCGAAAAUCAAUUAAUUUCCGGAAAGACGCGACCGAUAGAUGGACAAUUAAACGUGAUCCAUAAAUUGCUGUGGAAAAUAAGCGACAGCCCAUUAAAUAUCCUAAUGAGACACGUUACGUUCGACAAAACGGUCGCAUCAUUAUUACCAAUAAAACAACGUUGCUCGGUCGGUGUAGGAACGAAAGACUCGCCCCUAACACCCACGGUUAUUCAAGGGAUGAUUAUGUUCGACAACAACGUGGCCGAUAUUACUACCAGCAGUACGAUGUCGCCGAUUAAUUGCACCACGGUAGUCUACACCUUUCCGGAAGAGGAUCGUGUCGUUGUCGGAUAUAUCAAUGAGUGGAUCAAUGCCUAUUCGUUUAUAUCGAAGAAUCAAGAAAAGUUCUACCUGUACAUCAUAGUGUCGGUCACAGCCGGCAUUUUAAUUUUCCUGGGCUUGGUAAUUGGACGUCUUCUAGUCAGUCGUCACCGUGCAAAGAGAGACGCGAAGUUCCAUGCAAAUAACGAAGCGCUUCCGAACGGAUUCACCGAUGACAUUUCGGAGAUCGACGCGGAUAUUGAUCUUACCACGCCGGUGCCAGUCCCAAUGCAAGACACAAGGCUCCCAGAGACCCAAUUAGCGGAGAGACUUCACGGCGAUCGUUACUACGCGGAAACCAGGAUACCAAUGUCGCCCACCACGAUGCACCCAGCGCCAGGACACUACCCUGGCAACACAGGUGUCAGAGUGGAUCUUGGUAACCAUAUGGUGGGCACCGACAGUCUCCACACGAUCCUACGCCCGGAAAAUCCACGGAGCAUGAACACGAAAAGCUAUUACUACGGCUGACAAGAGGAAGGGGGUGUCCCGCGCGAGGGACGGCCCCCGUCCUUGAGCCCGGUACCAGAAGUGAGCACGCGGAAGUACUGCUUUUAAUCGACCGAUUUUCUACGGGACGGCGAACGAAGCCGCUGUAAGAAGCAGCCGUUCGAUAUCAACGAACGUGCUGACUCGUUGUCGAUCGAAAUCGUUGGUUCUUCGAAGCGGUGGUCGAAAGUUGACCUUCGCCUUGGUACCGGAAACGAGCACGAGUGGCGGUGACCCUUUCUACAUGUACGCGUUAUCGUUAUUUCUUUCCGAGUAUACAACUCGCAGCUGUUAAAAAAGAAAAAAAGAAAAAAA